AUGAGUGCUCCUGUUGGUUACAAUUCCCCUCAGUCACAACAGCACACUUCACUGCAACAGUCACAAAUAGUGAGACCUGUGGGGCACAAUCUUCAGGCUACUGCACAGGGCCAUCCUCUGCUUUCACGUCUCGAGACACUUAUCCAGACGAUCGGUGAUACCGGCCAGCGAGAUGAUCUGAAAUUAAAAGCUUUACAGGAAAUAAGCAAUAGCUUCGAAGAAAUGGCAACGACAUCUGCUUUCCAAAUAGUCCAGGAAAAUCUGUUACGCACAUUUUUGAAAAUUUUUCAAGAUACCGUUCCUCAGUUUAUUGGCGAAAAUAACACACAGCAGUUACGGAAGCUGAUACUUGAACUGAUAUUACGUAUGAACUGCAAUGAAAUCGUUAAGCAGUACGCAAAACUUAUCCUUACUCAACUUACAAAAGUGAUUCAAGUUGAGAAUGAGGAAAAUGCUGUUAUUGCUAUCAAAAUUAUCAGUGAACAUCAACGUGCAUUUAGGGCUGUCUUCACACCAGAGAUCCCGGCAAUUAUCAAUCAUUUUAAAGCAGUGUAUCGUGAUAUGCCGCAACAUAUUACUAGUGGACGCAUGUUUGAACAACGAAACCUUCGACACUGUGGAAUGGAAGAUAGUGUAAUUGAAUCUUCACUGCAAAAUUGUUAUAUGCCGACAAUUGUCUACCUUCCCGAAACUUCGGGAGAUGGUACUCAACGUGAUAGCGGUUACUCUUUAAUCCCUCGUGCUUCACAGAGUGUAAAAGUUUUGUCAGAAGUGCCCAUGUUUUGUAUUAUUUUGUUUCAAAUUCAUCGUCAUCACAUUCAAAAUGAGUUAAUGGAAUUAUUCUCGCUCAUGGUGCAAUAUUGUACACUUUCAAUACCUCACGAUCAGCAGAUUAGUACCUCAUUUAGCACACUAUUGGCUGAUGAAUUUUAUAGUUCGCAAGUGCGAGCACUGACAUUUUUGGGGUUCAUCUCAUCUCGUUCCACUGUGUUCAACGUGAGUGAAGUAAUAAGUAAUCAUGGAACGCAAAUAGUUCAGUCGAUAAUGCAAAUGUUGGAGCGUUGUCCAUAUGAAAACUACUCGAUGAGACGUGAGCUAAUUGGGACAGUAAAAAAUAUUUUUGUCACCGACCUUCAGACUAAAUUUAUCCCAGUUAUCCCGAAACUCUUUAAUGAGAAUCUCAUGUUAGGCAGUGGAUUCAGUUCGAUGGAUUUUCUAAGACCAACUAUGUAUACAAUGCUAGCAGAUCUUGUGCAUCAUGUACGCGGCCAUCUAUCUUACAAUCUGCUUUGUUGCUCAGUUUAUGCAUUCACAAAAAGUAUGUUUGAUCCUGCAAUACAACCUACGGUGCAAUCAAUGUGCAUCAAGUUAAUGAUGAAUCUUAUUGAAUCGUUUGUUGUUACCGAGAAAAAUCAUCCUGAUCAACCGUGCCGUGAUAUACUGUUUUGUUUAUUGGAAAAUUAUGUGCGGAAACUUAAAUGGUUGGCGCGGUACCAACUACCGAUAAUAUUGGAAAAAAAUGCGAAUAAUAUCAUGAAUACACCUUUACUCUAUCCUGAUAGAAGUGUUAGCACUUCCCAGUCAUCACGCGGUGAUUUUUCUUUUGCAAAUGGUAAAGGCAAAUUGGAUGAGCUGGUCGUCCGUAACAAAAUGAUUAAGGAAGAUCCAACAUCACCGCUUUCUUCAGAAAGCGAUUUUGAUUUCUGUACCUGGGGUAAUGAAAACGAUAAAAGUCAUAGUUCAUCGUCUUCCUUUCUUCCAGUAUCAACGAAGACAGGGAAGACAUCGACGCCUGAAGAGAUACUGAGUCAAUACUGGGUUACUGGCAUUCCAUCUUACACUCUGCUUGAAUGUAGGAACAUGAUCCGAGUGCUUGUUCAAGCCUGCAAACAUGCCGUACAUGCUUUGAAGGAUACUCAUGCUACAAAUCAUGCGAUAUCGCCAGAUUAUGAAGCAAAGAUAAUUGAGCAGCUCUUCCGUUAUGGUUUGCGAUGUCUUGAUAUAUAUGUGAUCUGCCCAGUGUCAAGUCAAGUUCCAUCAACACAGCAAAGGUUUUCAAAUGGAGUACGCACAAAAGAGGAGAAGGAAGUUUUGGAGCUUUUUGGUUCCAUUUUUACAUUGCUGAAUCCAUCAAUUUUUAAAGAAAUCAUAUCAAAACGGAUUGAUUAUUUCAUCGAAAGAUUGGCUUCAAAUUAUGGACUUCAAAUCAUAUGUAGUUCACUGCUGGUUAAUUCUUUGACGUCAGCCAAUUUUGGUGAUAUAUUAAUUCGUUUCCUCAUGAAGAAAUUACCAGAUCUAGCUGAAUGUUCGGAAAGGUCUUUUCUCUGGUUGAAACUGUUCAAAAUUGUAUUCUCUUCAGUUGGUUCGCAGCCUUCAGGAUGCGCAGAAAAUGAACGAAUGCUUCGACCAUAUCUACAUGAUCUGGUUCUACAUUCGAUGAAGUUGGCACUUCGAGCUCGAGAACCAAUUAAUUAUUUUCUUUUGCUUCGAGCACUUUUCCGUUCAAUUGGUGGCGGAAGCUACGACUUGCUUUACCAGACAUUUCUACCCCUUCUGCCGACACUUCUGCAUCAGUUAAAUCGUCUUCAAUCUAGUACCCAUCGGGCGCAAAUGCGUGAAUUGUUUAUUGAAUUGUGUUUAACCGUACCCGUAAGGUUGUCGUCAUUGUUGCCUUACCUACCCUUGUUAAUGGACCCUUUGGUAUGCGCUCUGAAUGGAAGCAGUAGUCUCAUUCAGCAGAAUAAAUCGUCAAAGAAAUUGUUAAAUCGAAAAUUGAAAUUUCUUUGUUCGACUAUUUUUGGACUAAGUUGUAUUUACGUUAUAUUUGUCAAGUCAUAUUAUAUUUAUUAA